CCACAAUUCACCAAACCUACCAGUUUAGUUUUUGCAAAACUUCUCUUCAGUCUUGAGCAAAAUGGCCACAGCAACAAAGCUACUGCUAACAGACCUCAUGUCCGGUGUGAACCAUGUCCCCUCAAACUACGUUAGGCCCAUCUCUGACCGUCCAAAUCUCCGUGAUGUUCAGAUAUCAGAUGCCUCCUCCAUUCCUCUCAUUGAUCUCAAGGACCUCCAUGGCCACAACCACUCUAAUAUUAUCAAACAGAUUGGCCUAGCUUGCCAAACUGAUGGUUUCUUUCAGGUGAAAAAUCAUGGGGUGCCAGAGGAAAUGAUCAAAGACAUGUCAAGUAUAGCAAGAAAGUUUUUCAAGUUGCCAGAGAGUGAAAGGUUGAAGAUGUACUCAGAUGACCCUUCAAAGACCACAAGGCUUUCCACUAGUUUCAAUGUCAGGACUGAAAAACUUUCCAACUGGAGGGACUUUCUGAGACUCCAUUGCUACCCUCUUGAAGAUUAUGUCCAAGAAUGGCCUAACAAUCCCCCAUCAUUCAGGGAGCAAGUGGGUGAGUAUUGCACAAGUGUGAGAGGGCUGGUACUAAGAUUGCUUGGGGCCAUAUCAGAAAGCUUGGGCUUAGAAAAGAACUAUAUUGUUGAGGCAUUAGGCAAGCAAGGCCAGCAUAUGGCUUUGAAUUACUAUCCACCCUGUCCAGAACCAGAGCUUACAUAUGGAUUGCCUGGACAUACAGAUUGUAACCUAAUCACCAUCCUUCUCCAAGAUGAUGUGCCUGGAUUGCAGGUCCUUAGAAAUGGCAAGUGGGUUGCUGUCAACCCCAUUCCCAACACUUUUAUUGUCAAUAUUGGUGAUAUGAUGCAGGUAAAAAUUAAUUAA